AUGCCGCCAGCGAUCCUAACACACGAUCAGCAUGGCAUGCAGCUCAAAGAGACCAUCAGUGGCUUGCAAUACUGUGGACUUCAACUCGCUCCUCGGUAUACUUGCGGGGUCGAGGAUCGCGAUAUAAUAUUGGGCGAGGAUGAUUCUGGCUCAGGUGGAUACUCACGAAGGACGCUGCAUUCUCGGUCGACACAAGCUCCACUCGUGGCUCUUGAAGGUGGGCCAGCGGAAGCUCCGCACCAUAGCGAAUCAUUGCCUGUUUCAAAUAUGACUGCAUUGAAAUACCGUUGCAAUUCUAUGCCGGAACGACGAGGUGCAGCCCCGGCCGGUCCUGUGAAUGAUAAACAAGAUACGAGCGACUCAUCUGAGCUGUCUGAUAUCUCCGGACUGUCAGAAUAUGAAGAAGAGGAGGACAUACUCACGAUGCCAAAUGCGCGGAAGGAAGAAGUCGCUCGAGAUUGUGAACACAGAAUAAACGCUGACCGGGCCCCAUGCUUUCAAUCACCCAAAUCUGAACAUUCACCAUCGAUCAAGCCAAAGUGUAAACAGGACGGUUUCAUUCCUCCGGUAUCGCCCUCUACAGAGCAAUUUGCUGUCAAGCAUCUGCUUCAAUACCACACUCGCAUUCGAACGAAGAUUCGGAGCCGGCAAUCUCCUGCCUCCUUUAUUUCACCUAAUGACGAUGACUUCACCGAGUUUGAGCUUUCCGAAUUUUCGAUAUAUCUUCCCGAUAAUAAGUUUCAGCCGUUCUCAAUGAAAGGUUUGCAGCACUUAGGGACAAGAUCCAGCAAUAUCAUAUAUAUGUUUGAUGGAAUACUUAGUUUGGGCGCAGCACGCUAUUACGUUCAAGACAUUCCAUUCACUGUACGAUCUAUUGGGAAUUAUGGAGAGGACCUCCACGAAGUUGGAUCCCAAAUCUGGAUUGAGUCCGAAAUGAAUACCGGCACCAACAUUUUUUAUCGUUUGGGACAUCCUUCAGCUGAAUAUGCCCGGUUUCACGACGAGUUUCUCUGGCUAGCAGACUUUGCGAAACACUUCGUGGACUACCUUGAGGCCUCGGAGCGCCCAGUAUCAUUGCACAGAUUUCGAGCAGAUUUCUAUCAAUGGUUGAGGGAAACGCAUUCAAUGUCGUCAGCAUUCCAAGCUUGGUACAGGAAGUACAACAAAGAAGACUUCCGAUGUCAAGUUUCUGUUAACAUCGCCUUCCUUUUCUCCGAGAGUAUUGGGAUCAACCAAGAACUCAAAGCCCACCCUGUUUGGAGCGAGUGCAUGUCACGAGAAGCUGUUCCAUUACAAGAACUCGAAGAAGAGCAAACCAUUGUUACUGAAUAUGUUUACGAGUGCUUUAAGGAUAUACGAUUUGGGCAAUACUUGAAACUUCUGCCUUCAAGAUCAGGUCAAUCAACGCAUGGCUACUCACCUAUGCAAGUUAUUAAUUCGUCCUCAGCAGGGUCCGAACAGACGGCCUUGAAGAACGUGUGUCUAACGGGAGUGCCAAUCCGGAACCGGUCUGUGGCAGAGGGAUUUUCUGUGGAGAGAUCUAACAGUCUUCCAGUGGCGAGGAAGCAAUUAAUCCAGGAUAUUAAGGUAGGGGACGUUAUUUCUGUUGUCAAAGAUGGUAGUCAGUCUGUCUGGAAAGAUGAGGUCAGCCGAUGGAAAGUCGCGGAUGAUUGUUGGUAUGUCUAUAUCCAGAAGGUGUAUCACACGAGAGAUAGCGAAACGACUUACGAUGCUAUUUGGCUUUAUAGACCAUCUGAUACUUCUUGCGCCAAAAUGAAGUAUCCAUAUCCUAAAGAGCUAUUCAUGUCUGACAAUUGCACCUGUUUCAGAACAAGGAUUUCUGAAGCUGAAGUACUAAGGAUUGCUACCGUAAAGUGGCAUGGGGAGCCAUCAGAUUCGGAUUCAAGCCAUUUUAUCCGCCAAACAUAUCUUCAAAAUGAGAGGUUCGUUACGUUUAAAGAGGAGCACAGAACGUGUGAACAUCUCCGAGUUCAGUCGAACACGUCUACCAACGAUACACAGUCCAGGUAUCCGAUAGGAAGUACUGUUCUUGUUCCACCACGUUACAGAUCCAAACACGAACUGGAACCUUUUGAAAUCGACAACUACAUCACCGAGGGUUUGAAGCAAGUUGCGAUCCUCCGACGGCUGCUGAGGAGACAGGAAGUUGACAAAGCUGGUGAGAAGAAUGAGCUGGUCUACACAGACGAGUUCGAGAAAGUACCAGCACAUAAAAUACAACGGACAUGCCUUGUUCGCUUCUAUAGUCAGUCUGAUCUUAUCAAUCAGACGAUACCGGUACCCUACAACAGAAAGGGGACUGGAAAUGCCUUCUACAUUAUUACCCGCCUGGUCGAGAUCAAUGGCAAGAAGUCACUGAAGCCGAUAGAGCUCAUUCCAAAAGGCUUGAUCCAAGGUUUCGAUCCACUAGAUCCUCCAGCGAGAAAGGUACUCAACGGACUAGAUCUCUUUUGUGGGGGUGGCAACUUUGGACGCGGCCUAGAAGAGGGUGGUGCUGUACGCAAUAGAUGGGCCGUGGACAUCGACAAGAACGCGAUACAUACAUACAACGCCAAUGUUGAUGAGUCCAAUCCCACUAAACUAUUCUAUGGUUCUGUAAAUGACCUGCUUGCACAAGCAAUGAGAGGCAAUCCAAAGACCUCCGAACUUGUACCCCUUCCAGGCGAUGUUGACUUCAUCGCAGCAGGUAGUCCAUGUCAAGGAUUCAGCAGCUUGAAUAGUGAACCGAACAAUGAGAAAGGGUUGAAAAACCAAUCCUUGAUUGCCUCAGUGGCUGCGUAUAUUGAUUUUUAUCGUCCUAAAUACGGCAUUCUGGAGAACGUUCUCAGCAUGGCCAAGGUAGGCCGCGGCCGUGACGAAGACGUCAUGUCUCAACUGAUUUGUGCUAUUGUGGGAAUGGGAUACCAGGUCAAAUUGAGCGUUCUUGAUGCAUGGAGCUUUGGCAGUCCUCAGUCUCGUGGCCGUUGUUUUUGA